AUGGGAGCUAUGAACGGACUGCGCAAGCACUUCACUAUGGGACUGGUGCUACUGAUGUGCACGCUUACCGGCCACUGCAGCGAGAGCGCGCCCUCAGCGGCCCCGGCUACGGCUGCAACCGGAAAGGACGCGCAGCACGACCUGAGGCGGAUGAUAGAGAUCGUGAAACAUGUGGAGGAGAGCCGGGGUCGGCACACCGCGAAAACGGAAGCCCCGUCAACAUCGCGGGUGAAGACAUCUUCGGUGGAGCCAAAGGAUUUACGCAACUUGAAAACAGACAGGGAUCAGGCUGUCGUUGUGUUUCCCAGGGACCUCAGAAAGAAGGAGAAAUUUAUAAAACAUAUAACAGGUCCACUCUACUUUAGUCCCAAGUGCAGGAAGCAAGUGUACAGAGUCUACCACCACACCAGAGAAUGCACGAUACCUGCAUACUUCAAAAGAUGUGCGCGGCUUCUCACACGGCUAGCCGGCAGCCUGCAGUGCACAGAGGGGUAGCACACACAAGGUUGAAGCCAAACACAAGUUUUCCAGAAGAAAAAAAAAACUUGGGGGAAAAAAGUGCCUUGGACAGUUAGAUGGAAGCAUAAAUAUUACUCUGACUGAUAUUAGGCACGGUAUUGUCCUACAGUGAGGUCUGUUCUGCUAAGGCGUGGAUUACUGCCACCCAUCGCUCUGGCUGGGCCUCGAUGGUUAGCUGUCACCGUGAGGGAGCAACAACGCAAUAAAACCAGACCAAGAUAAAGAUGGUGAAACUGAAGCGUGGAGAAGAAAAACAAACAAGUGGCCGAGAGAAACAAUCAUGGAGACAUUUUUUCCCUGCUGGCAUCCAAAAAGAUGUUGCUUAAAAAACAAAAAGAAAAAGGGAUUGCAUAUUUUUAUUUUGUUCAUUUCUUUAAGAAAAGAGCAAAAUCCAAAUGUACUAUUUUCAGUAUGACUUGCCAUCUGUGAUCGGUUUGCUCUGUAUGAGUGUUUGGGGUUUAGCCCAUCCCUUCUACUACUGCACUACCUAUUACGCAGACAAACCGCUCUCCCAGACCCCCGGCUGGCAGUCACGGUAUAGUUUCAUCCACUCGUGCUCACACUGAGAAAGAACUGUGAUUAAAUUAUUAACUGCAUGACCAUUUCUCUGUGUCUUUGCAAGACAUGUUUAAAAGGAAGUGGCGGUUGUAAGUCACAGACCUCCUGUGGAUCUUGGUAGAACGUGGUACAGUCUAUAUUUAUAUAUUUGAAGUGUCACAUGGUUCCACUGUACAUAAUGUAGGCCAUGACCAUUUACACCAGGAGAAACAUGUACAUACUGUAAAACAAAGCAUAGGAGGAAUCCACCUAUCUACCUUAAAUUAAAGUGACUGGCAUUUAUCAAAUGGGUGUUAAAUACAUAUAUAUAUAUUUAAAAAUGAAAUAUAUUUAAAUAAAUUAUACGAUUGGUA